CGUCCGCCCGGUCUGAGUGACAGGGAGGCCGCGGCCCGGGCUGGGGCAGGGAGGGGGCGGCCGGGGUCCGGACCGGGGAGACCGCGCAGGUCCCCCGCGGUGCUCGAUGCGGGGGGGCGCGGCGGGGUCGGCGGGGGCGACAUGGCGCACUUCGACACGGAGUACCAGCGCCUGGAGGCCUCCUACAACGAGUCCCCGCCCGGCGAGGAGGACCUGCUGGUGCACGUGCCCGAGGGCAGCAAGUCUCCCUGGCAUCACAUCGAGAACCUGGACCUCUUCUUCUCUCGCAUCUACAACCUGCACCAGAAGAACGGCUUCACCUGCAUGUUCAUCGGGGAGAUCUUCGAGCUCAUGCAGUUCAUCUUCGUGGUGGCCUUCACCACCUUCCUGCUCAGCUGCGUGGACUAUGACAUCCUGUUCGCCAACAAGAUGGUGAACCACAGCCAGCACCCCAGCGAGCCCAGCAAGGUGACGCUGCCUGAUGCCUUCCUGCCGCCCCACGUCUGCAGCGCCAGGAUCCAGGAGAACAGCUUCCUCAUCUGCAUCCUGGUGGUGGCGAGCGUCUUCUGGGUGCAUCGCCUCGUCAAGUUCAUCUACAACAUCUGCUGCUACUGGGAGAUCCACUCCUUCUACAUCAACGCUCUCAAGAUCCCCAUGGCCACACUGCCCUACUUCACGUGGCAGGAGGUGCAGGCGCGCAUCGUGCAGAUCCAGAAGGAGCACCAGAUCUGCAUCCACAAGAAGGAGCUGACGGAGCUGGACGUCUACCACCGCAUCUUGCGCUUCAAGAACUACAUGGUGGCCAUGGUGAACAAGUCGCUGCUGCCCGUGCGCUUCCGCUUGCCGCUGCUGGGCGACACUGUCUUCUACACGCGCGGCCUCAAGUACAACUUCGAGCUCAUCUUCUUCUGGGGGCCUGGCUCGCUCUUCGAGAACGAGUGGAGCCUGAAGGCCGAGUACAAGCGAGCUGGGCACCGCCUGGAGCUGGCUGAUAAGCUCAGCACCCGCAUCCUCUGGAUCGGCAUCGCCAACUUCCUGCUCUGCCCCCUUAUCCUCAUCUGGCAGAUCCUCUACGCCUUCUUCAGCUACACCGAGAUCCUCAAGCGGGAGCCGGGCAGCCUGGGCGCCCGCUGCUGGUCGCUUUAUGGCCGCUGCUACCUGCGCCACUUCAACGAGCUGGACCACGAGCUCCACUCGCGCCUCAGCAAGGGCUACAAGGCAGCCUCCAAGUACAUGAACUGCUUCAUCUCGCCCCUGCUCACCAUCGUGGCCAAGAACGUGGCCUUCUUCGCCGGCUCCAUCCUGGCCGUGCUUAUUGCCCUCACCAUCUAUGAUGAGGACGUGCUGGCCGUGGAACACGUGCUCACUACUGUCACGCUGCUGGGUGUUGGCGUCACCAUCUGCCGGUCCUUCAUCCCUGACCAGCACCUGGUGUUCUGCCCACAGCAGCUGCUGCGGGUCAUCCUCGCACACAUCCACUACAUGCCCGACCACUGGCAGGGCAACGCGCAUCGCUAUGAGACCCGCGACGAGUUCGCGCAGCUCUUCCAGUACAAGGCGGUCUUUAUCCUGGAGGAGCUGCUGAGCCCGAUCGUGACGCCGCUGAUCCUCAUCUUCUGCCUGCGCCCCAAGUCCCUGGAGAUCAUCGACUUCUUCCGCAACUUCACGGUGGAGGUGGUGGGAGUGGGCGACACCUGCUCCUUCGCCCAGAUGGACGUACGCCAGCACGGACACCCCGCGUGGAUGUCGGCGGGGAAGACGGAGGCCUCCAUCUAUCAGCAGGCGGAGGAUGGGAAAACAGAGCUGUCGCUCAUGCACUUUGCCAUCACCAAUCCGCGCUGGCAGCCACCCCGCGAGAGCACGGCCUUCAUCGGCUUCCUCAAGGAGCGGGUGCACCGGGAAAGCAGCGUGGUGCUGGCGCAACAGGCUGGGCUGCCUGACAACGCCCUCUUCACCUCCAUCCAGUCCCUGCAGUCCGAGUCCGAGCCUCACAGCCUGAUCGCCAACGUCAUUGCGGGCUCCUCGGUACUGGGCUUCCAUGCGGGCCGCGAGGCACCGGCCUCUCACCACCGCUCCGAGGUCACCUCUGCCCCGCGCACCUUUUCCCCGCUGCAGUCCACCCAGCAGCCCCACGGCACCUUCCAGGCAGUGGGGGCCCAUGCAGACGGGCUCCAGCCCCGGGCCGGCAGCACCAUGACGGCUUCAGGUGCGGACGCCCGGACGGUGAGCUCGGGGAGCAGUGCCUGGGAGGGGCAGCUGCAGAGCAUGAUCCUGUCGGAGUAUGCCUCCACUGAGAUGAGCCUCCAUGCACUCUACAUGCACGAGCUCCACAAGCAGCACGCGCAGCUGGAGCCUGAGCGGCACGUGUGGCACCGGCGGGAGAGUGACGAGAGCGGGGAGAGCGCCCAGGAGGAGGCAGACGCACAGCGGGGCCCUGGUGGCACCAUCCCACGCUCCGCCAGCUACCCCUUCUCCUCACCGCGCCCGCCCACCGAGGAGGCCACUACGCUGCAGAUGGGCUUCCAGCGCCGCUACGGGGGCAUCACAGACCCGGGCACGGUGCACAGAGCCCCAUCGCACUUCUCCCGCCUGCCGCUUGGUGGCUGGGCUGAGGACGGGCAGCCUGCGCGCCACCCCGAGCCGGUGCCCGAGGAGAGCUCGGAGGACGAGCUCCCACCGCAGGUGCACAAGGUGUAGCUCUGGGGGCUGAGGAUCCCAUCCUGAGGGUUUGUGGACUGGGAGCCGCCGGACUGUGGGCGUGGGACCGCCCGGGCCCCGUCUCCCAUCCCGCAGGGCGCAGGUCAGCCAGGGCUCCUCUGUGCCCAUGUCACCGCCACGGGGACGGGGCCGCUGCUCCGGCGCCUCCUGUACAGACGCGCGUCGAGCUGGCGCCACUGACUCGUGUAGGGUGAAUGCGUGUGUGAGUACAUACGUGUGCCGUGUCCGCCUUUGUGUCGUCCGUGUCGGAGAGACCGUCCAAGACCUGCGCCGACUGCACGGACCCUGCCAGCAGCCAAUGCCCUGGGCCUGGCGCUGGAGGGGUUGGACGGCUCCACUUGCCGGGGGGGGCAGUUCCAGCUGUCCUGCUGCCUGGCCUGAGGCCACCAGUGCCACGGCCCCCGGCGGGGGAGGGGGCAGGAUGGCGCCUGCACUGGCUAUUUCUGUACCGCGGUUGCAGCGCCCAUGACCUUGUGGAGGAUCAAGCUGGAGCCCGUGGCCGUGGGAGCAGCCCGCCUGCCCCCGCAGCAAAGCUCGUCCAGUGCCGGAGCCCGGGUGCGAGCAGGGCACUGUCCACCCGUGGCCCCGCACCUUAUCCCCCCGCCCGCGCAUGCCAAAGCCCCGAGGCUGCUGGACUGCUCCUGCCUGGCUCCGCGCCCCCCUCCAUGCCCUUCCAAGAGGGGAGCGGGCCAAGAGCAUCGUCCGCCCCUGCACGGUGAGGGGCCCUGGGCCGGCAGCGCCCACCCCCAGUUGGCAGCAGCAUCCCCUGCCUGGGCUGGACCCUUCCCUGCUCCCAACCCGGCCCACUGCAUUGCCAAAGACCCCCCUCCAGGCUGCUUCUGCUCUCAGACCCACUGCCUGCUGCCCCCCCAACAGAUGCCCCAGGGCCCCAUGCAUGCAUCCAGUCCCUCUCCCCUGCCCCCCAGCUCCCAGCACCGCAUCGCUCCCCUCCCCUCCCCUCACUUGGGUCCGGGCUGUUCCUGCCCCGGCAGAGGCUGAGGGUCCCUUGCUGGGGCAGGGCCUGGCACCUCUCCCCAGGAGCCAUUGCAGUGGCUGCUAUGGAGACAGCAUCCCAGGCUGCACAUGAUGCUGGGGGUGGUGGCAGGAGCUGUCGGUCUCCAAGGCAACAGCCCCUGGGGCAGCUGGGCCCCUUGUGGAGGGUGGAGGGGGACCUGACCCCCCACAAGCACCAGAUGGGGGCUGAGGGGAUCCUGCAGGACCCCCGUGUCCUGGCCUGACUUACUGACUGUGCCUCGGUUUCCCCUGCCCCUUCCCCCUUCCCCGGCCACUGGGGCGGGAGCAGCACCGCUGCAGGGUGCCCGGUGCUGCUGUGAUUCCCCCCCCCCCCCCCCCCCCACAGCCCAGCUGUGCCCUGCCCCGGCCCCACCAGCAAACGGGGGCACAGGCCUGUGCCUGGCCCCUUGCUGGGGGGGUCUCGGGGACAGGCCUCUGGCAAGGGCCUGCCUGGGCGCGCUGCGGGCUGGGAGCCGUAGCCCGGCAGCUCCCCGGGCAGUCCUGGGGUGACCGCUGCCUCGGGUUGGGGCUGGGGCCGGGACUGAACCUGGGGCGUCGGGACGCCUGGCUUCUGUCCUGGCUCUGCCCUGGGCUGGGCUUCGUGGCCCCCCGCGCCCCCUGGGCACCUCCUGGGCUGGGGGCAGCUGGGGGGGGGGUUCAGGGCAGACCCAGGGCGUGGCCUGCCCAUGGGGGGGGGCCGGGGGCCGCCACGCGUGUGCUUGUCGUCUGUGUGCCGUGUGCAUGGCCAGCUGCCCCGGGUGCGGGAGCGGGUCCGCGCCCGUCUCUGUACAGCCGCGCAGCCGUCAAUAAAGGGGUACAUCGCU